AUGGGGGCACUGCUGGGGCUGCUGGUGCUGCUGGGCUUGGCAGGGCGUCCCAGCGCUGCAGGGGACCUGCCCGGGGACCUGCGUGUCGCCGCCACCUGGGUGACCGUCCCACGGCAGCUGAGCCCCCGGGCUGACACCAGCCCCCCAACCGUCUCCUACUGGCUGGAGGUCGACGGGCGGCCCUGGGAGCACCCCUUCGUUCAGGAAAGCUGCUUCUACCAGGGCGAGGUGCAGGGGAGCCCGGGCUCCCUGGUGGCCCUCAGUGCCUGCGGCCGGGGCCUCCACGGCGUCCUCUGGGUGGACGGUGGCAUGUAUGAGAUCAAGCCCGUCCCUGGCGACCUGGCCUUCCAGCACACGCUGUACCGCAUGGAGGAGCCCAGCGGCCCUGGGAGCCCGACCUGCGGGCUGACCCCGGAGGAGAUGGAGCGCCAAAAGGCUUUGCUGCCCUGGCUCUGGGCCCCCCAGGUGGCGGAGGAGGAGAUGCUGAAGGACUGGUGGAGACACAUCAGGUAUGUGAAGUUAGUAGUGGUCGUUGACAAUGUGUGGUUUGUGAAGUCGGGCAGGAACGACUCCGAAGUCUUGAGGCAAGUCAUAGAAGUCAUCAACAUUGGAGACUCUCUGUACCAGCAGCUUUCUAUUCGUCUGUUUCUUGUGGGAUUGGAGAUCUGGACCAAAAGCAACCUUAUAAACGUUACCGACUCUAUCAGCAAGGCACUGGAUGAUUUUAACAACUGGCGCAAGUCAGACCUGUCUACACGGGUGCGCCAUGACACUGCUCACUUGUUUACAUUUCAGAGCUUUGGAAGGAGCCUGGGGUUGGCAUUUCUAGGGUCCAUGUGUGAUAACCAGUGGUCAUCAGCAGUUGCUUCUUUCACUGAAGGGAAGUUGUCCUCAUUUAUUACCACCUUUGUCCACGAGCUGGGCCAUACUCUUGGGAUGCGCCAUGAUGGAUGGGGCUGUAAAUGCAGACGGAAGAAAUGCAUUAUGUACAAAAGCAAUGUUGACACAGAUGCAUUCAGUGACUGCAGUUACAAAGAUUACUUUGACCUUGGACAUGCUGCCAUCUGCAUUCAUCAACCACCAGCACCUGGUACUUCCUACACCAUCAAGCGUGAAUACUGUGGGAAUAAGAUAGUAGAAAGUGGAGAGCAAUGUGACUGUGGUUCAGAAUCAAACUGCAGAAAAGAUCCUUGUUGUCAGCCAAACUGUAAGCUUACUGCAGGUUCAGUCUGUGCUUCUGGAAAAUGCUGCCAGAGUUGUCAGCUCCUUGCAGCAGGUACGCUCUGCAGAGCAGGAACUAAUGACUGUGACCUGCCAGAGUAUUGCAAUGGGACUUCCCCUUGGUGCCCACCAGAUGUGUACGUACAAGAUGGAACCCCUUGCAAAGAUGGUGCUUAUUGCUAUCGAGGAAAAUGUCCUUCCCACAAUAAACAGUGCCAGCAUCUCUUUGGCAAGCAAGCCAGGGCCGCUCCUGCAGAAUGCUUCAAAGCAGUGAACACUCGAGGGGACCGGAUUGGGAAUUGUGGUAUUCAGAACAACACCCAUUUUAAAAAAUGCAGCAUUGAGAAUAUCUUAUGUGGUAGGAUCCAGUGUGAAAACUUAGACAAACUGCCUUUCUUGCAGAACCAUGUAACAGUGGUCCAAACGCCUGUUGGAGGUAAGAAGUGUUGGGGUCUUGAUUAUCACUCAGGGAUGCCGAGAGCUGAUGUGGGGGCAGUGGAAGAUGGCACACCAUGUGGUAUUGAUAAGCUUUGUAUCAACAGGACAUGUACCAGCAUGUCACUGUUGAACUACGACUGUAACCUGACAAUGUGUCAUCACAGAGGAGCGUGUAACAAUCGUAAGAACUGUCACUGCAGGUAUGGCUGGGCUCCUCCAUAUUGUGAAUGGAAUGGAUUUGGAGGGAGUGUUGACAGUGGACCCCCUCCAGCCAGGAUGAUUUUUCACAGUGCAAAACCAGGAAUAAUAGUAUUUAGCCUUUUUGUCUGUGUCCUUGGAAUAACCCUUGCCAAGUAUUAUCAGUGGGAAAUACUCGGAUGUCUUAGGAGGAAAAAGGCCCAAUUCUGCAGAAGAAGUUAA